AUGCGUGACACUGUGACUAUUGGAGAUGUGUCCUACAAACUGAGAAAGCCCAAAAAUCCAGAACUGGUCCCGGUGAACUACAUUUCAGACUCCGUGGCUCAGUCUGUGGUUCAGCAUCUCAGGUGGAUCAUGCAGAAGGACCUGCUGGGACAAGAUGUCUUCCUGAUUGGGCCUCCGGGACCCCUUCGACGUUCUAUCGCCAUGCAAUACCUGGAAUUGACCAAACGAGAGGUGGAAUAUAUGGCACUUUCAAGGGACACAACGGAAACUGAUCUCAAACAGCGAAGGGAGAUACGAGCGGGCACCGCCUACUACAUCGAUCAGUGUGCGGUGAGGGCCGCGACGGAAGGCCGGAUCCUGGUCCUGGAAGGGCUGGAGAAGGCGGAGCGGAACGUCCUGCCUGUCUUGAACAACCUGCUGGAGAACCGGGAGAUGCAGCUGGAGGACGGCCGCUUCCUCAUGUCGGCUGAACGCUACGACAAACUGCUGACGGCCAUCGCGCCCACUCCUGCAAACAUCAAGCCGAUAUCUCGAAGCAAACAUAGCGGACAUCGAGAUGCAUGUGAAAUCAAGUCCGGAGUCCUCAGGAUUGGGAGUGUCCAAAUUCCAGUUUAUAAUCCCUACGAGAGCAUGAAAGUGCCUGACGUUCUUUUCUAUGAAAACCCUCAACAUAUGAUGGUGAUGGAAGACAUGUUAAAAGAUUUUUUGCUCGGAGAACAUCUCCUUUUAGUUGGUAACCAGGGCGUGGGGAAAAAUAAAAUUGUCGACAGAUUCCUUCACCUGUUGAAUCGACCAAGGGAAUAUUUGCAGCUGCACAGGGACACCACCGUGCAGAGCCUGACGCUGCAGCCUUCUGUGAAAGAGGGCCUGAUCGUGUAUGAAGACUCUCCCCUCGUGAAAGCCGUCAAAAAAGGGCACAUCCUGAUGAUUGAUGAGGCAGACAAGGCGCCCACCAACGUUACCUGCAUCCUGAAAACUUUGGUGGAGAGCGGCGAGAUGAUUCUGUCAGAUGGGAGACGCAUUGUUUCGAAUCCUACCGCCGCCGAUGGGAGAAAAAAUGUCAUAGUAAUUCAUCCGGAUUUUAGGAUGAUUGUUUUAGCAAACAGGCCAGGAUUCCCUUUCUUGGGGAAUGACUUUUUUGGAACCCUUGGAGAUAUAUUUAGCUGUCACGCUGUGGAUAACCCUAAACCAAACUCAGAACUGGCCAUGCUUCGACAGUACGGACCUGACGUUUCUGACUUGGUUCUCCAGAAACUGGUAGCGGCUUUUGGAGAGCUGCGGAGUUUGGCUGACCAAGGAAUCAUAAAUUAUCCUUACUCGACUCGAGAAGUAGUGAACAUUGUCAAGCAUUUACAGAAGUUUCCAACCGAAGGGCUUGCCAACGUGGUUCGGAACGUCUUUGAUUUUGACUCCUACAACAAAGAAAUGCGUGAGAUUUUAAUUAGGACUUUGCAUAAACACGGAAUACCGAUCGGAGCCAAACCCGACAACGUACAGAUGGCAAAGGAAUUGCCAUUGCCAGAUACCCAAUUUAUGGGCUACUGGAAAAUGAAUCAUUUGGGGAAAUCGCGCCGAAGACUGUUGUGUCCAACUGAAACCCAUCGCGUCGACGUGAAGGGUCCCAUACAUUUAAACGUGCAGGCCUUCCCCCUGGAAAGGCACGAAGCCAGGGCCUUGAGUUUCACGGAAGAGCUGGCAUUCUGGACCCUGCCUUUGAACGAGGUUAACUUCGUGUGCGAUGUGGCGUCGCAAGAGCGCGAAGACGGGACUUCCCUUUACGUGGCCACCUGCAACCCCGUCUCCUUAUAUUUCAUGAACGCAUCGGGGAAAACCGGCUACUGCCUGGACCUCUACGACCUCUUCCCGCGAACCUUCCGGGGCCUGUGGCAACCGUUCGUCCGGCUGGCCCCCCUCGGCAGCCCCCUCCAAGGCCAGGUCGUUCUGCACGAAGAGCAGAAUCACAUUGUUUUAUUGCUGGACACGAACACGGGGGCCGUAAGCCGUCUCACCUUGUUACCAGAUAUCCCGGCAUCGCGGAAAGGAGCAUCGUGGUGGGGAGGCAAAGCGGAGGAGACGAGUCACAAAAUGUGCAAAGAAUUUGCACAUAAGAAUUGGCUGGUCUUCUACAAAGAGGAAGGGAACUACCUUAUCGUUAUGGAUGUCCUGGAGGGCAAUGCCCACACCAUCUCUUUGCCCAUCAGUCUCAAGUCUGUUUUUUUAGUGGCCGAAGACCGGUGGCUUCUGGUGGAAACUAAAACCAACCAGAAGUACCUGUUGACUAAGCCGAUACACCUGGCCGUGGAAGAGACUGGAGUAUGCCAGUUACACACUCUGACUGAGGAACCAGCGGAAACUGGAUUUGGAGUAACCACAGGGGUGGAAACCUACGUGCCUCAGGCUGUUUCUCGGGAUCAGCUGUCUACCGAGAACUUAAGCCGAGCCGUUGCACAGAAAAUCAGCGCCCCCAACCGAAUGUUCUCUGGCCAGCAAGACUAUGCAACGGUGGUGGUCGGAUUCCCAGAUCUCAUGGAGAUUGUUCUGGGAAUUUGGUAUCUUAAGGGCCACCUAAACCUCGAGGCCACCAUGAAAUGCAACCAGAAUGUCACUCAGUCCAUAAACCAAAAGUUAGCAGCCAUCUAUCAUGAUGUUACACCUCCCCAAACAGCUGGAUACUUGGAAAUUACAGAUCUUACAACAAAGAAGCUUAAAUACAUACCUGUUCCCAGAUCCUCUACUCUCUCUCCGUACACAUCGUGGCUAGCGACGAUUUCCGACACGGAUGCGUUGUUGGCUUCCCUGGGGAAGAACGGAGUGGCGACUGUGGACAUGGCGGGCAAUGUCAGGCUGUGGGAAACCAGUCUGGAUAGUCUGGAAAAAUCCCUGCAGGAAUGGAGGACCAUGAUUGGCCAAGAAGAUGGCAGGCCUGUCCAGAUAACCAUCCAGAGGGACAGUGGCUUGGACGUCAGCUCUCCUAAGCAUGGGAAGAUUGAUCCAGACAACGCCCCUCAUGUGGGAGGAAAUACCUGGGCGGGUGGGACAGGUGGGAGAGACACCGCAGGCUUGGGGGGCAAAGGGGGUCCCUACCGACUGGAUGCCGGUCACCAGGUGUACCAGAUAUCUCAAGCUGAGAAAGACGCCGUACCUGAAGAGGUGAAGAAAGCCGCCAGAGAGAUGGGCAUGAAGGCUUUUAAGCAGAGGUUAAAAGAGAUCCAGAUGAGCGAAUACGAUGCGUCGACAUACGAACGGUUUUCUGCAGCUGUUCGGAGGCAGGUGCAGUCCCUGCGGAUUAUUCUGGAUAACUUACAGGCCAAAGGGAAGGAAAGGCAGUGGUUAAGACAUCAAACAGUGGGAGAAUUGGAUGAUGCCAAGAUAAUCGAUAGUCUGACCGGGGAAAAAUCCAUCUAUAAGCGACGCGGAGAACUUGACCCACAACUCGGAAGCCCUCAACAGAAAUGCAAGCGGCUCUCCCUGGUGGUGGAUGUCUCCGGCAGCAUGUACCGCUUCAACGGCGUGGACCGACGGCUGGAGCGAUCCAUGGAAGCUGUUUGCAUGGUUAUGGAAGCCUUCGAGAACUAUGAGCAGAAAUUUAAGUACAACAUCCUCGGCCACUCGGGAGACGGAUUCAACAUCGCCCUGGUUCCCAACGACAACGUGCCAAAGGACAAUAAGCAAAGACUAGAGAUUCUAAAGGUCAUGCACGCCCACGCUCAGUUCUGCAUGAGCGGAGAUCACACCCUGGAAGGAACCGAGCACGCCGUUCGGGAGAUCGCCAAAGACGACGCUGAUGAAUAUUUCGUCAUCGUCUUAAGCGACGCCAACCUGGAGCGGUACGGCAUUCCGCCCGCAAGGUUCGCGCAGGCCUUGACGAUCGACCCCAAAGUCAACGCUUUCGCCAUAUUCAUUGGCUCCUUGGGGGAUCAAGCGGACAGAUUGCAAAGGACAUUACCGGCUGGCCGUUCUUUUAUCGCCAUGGAUACCAAGGAAAUCCCACAAAUUUUGCAGCAAAUUUUCACCUCCACCAUGCUUUCCAGCUCCUAAGAAAAAAAGAUUUCCGUUGACUGAACUGACUGUUCAGCGUGGAAGAUUAAUUCAGAAUAAUCCAAAUGAGCUGCUAAUCAAGAGUUGAAGCACCAGCGCCCUAAUCUUUAUACUGAAUAAAUCUGUGUUAUGGCAAAGUGCAUAUUGUACUUGAAUUAAAGUGACCUAAAUUAUGGUAUUCUUCAAUAAAGAGGAUGAUUUAAAAACCCAGUCAGAGCUUUGGAAUAAAUUAAAGAUUUCUAUGAAUAAACUAAAGAUUUCUAUA